AAGGCCGCCGGCCCGCCGGCCGGGCCGGAGUCGCUCGGGUCUCGGGCGAAUCAGUGCGCGUUUCCCUCUGCCAUUUGCGCGUCGGUACGCGGCAGCGGUGUUACCGGAAUCUCUCGACGUGUGCUUACCGGUGCGUAGAAGACGCGUAACCGUCGUGUCGGUUGAGGUGUCGUUCACGAGUUCGUGUGCAGUAACGUGCGUGGAUUUCUCACGAUCAAAUCGAUCGGUAUGGCGGAUACAGAGGUCAAGGAAACAAAAGUCACUACUCCUCAGAAGAAGGUAGUAGAAGAGGAGAAGGUUGUGGUGCAAGAAGAAAUCGAUGAGGAUUCAAAGGCAUCCGAAAAUGGGGAUACAAAGGAAACCAAAGAGAAUGGCUCGAGCGAGGAGAAGGAGACUGACGAGAAAGAAGCCGAAUCUACGGAAAAUGGAGAUUCGACAGAUGCUCCAGCCGACAGUUGCUGCGUAAAGAGGAAAUCAACGGCCGCGGCCGAUGCAGCAGAGGAUGCACAGGAUGGCGCGAGUCCCGAGAAGAAAUCGAGACUCGAGGAGAAGUGCGCUGAGGCCGAGAAUAACGGCGACGCGGAGGAGGCCACGGCCUAAUAUUCUCUUAUGUUUAUUAUUGACAGACAGACCUAAUCUAUAGAUGCAAUUUUAACUACCGAGUGUGAAGCCAGGGCAGAUCGUCUGUGCAUUUUCAGAGAGAAGAUGGCGAGCAUAAAAGAAAAAAAGAAGAAAAAAAAACAGAAAAAGGAACAUUUUGACGUUUAUUGCAUUAAGAACUUUCUGUGUUCAGGAUGAUUGUGUGUGUCUCCCUUAUAGUAUUUCUUGCAAUUGUUAAUUGGCAAUAGCAACACGAGUCCGAUAUUUUUUAGGAAAUAUCGCGAUGAUUAUGUUUAAUGUAAUGUAAAGCAUAAACAAACCGUGUUCUCUGUACUGGCAUCCACGUGCAUACAUAUUAUAUAUUCACUUAGCGUUAGAUUUCUAAGGUAAGGAAGUAUACCGAUAACGUUUAGAAAUAAUAUAUUUCUAAUUCAUCAGAACAAAACGACGGUGCGGUGUAUGAAAAAUGGGUACAUUUGUGCAACAUAAUAUUUUCACCUACUUGCUAGUCCUCAUUGUUUCCGAUGCACGGACACACUGUAUCUUAUAUACCUAUAGACACAUACACACCUUGGACUACACAUCGGAGAUAGAAUACGGAUAUUUUUCUGCGAAUCAAAAUACAUUCCCGAAAAAAAAUAGAUUGACUUGUAACGUUUAUGACUGUUCGCUGACGAAAAACUUACGAGAGAGCGCCAUUUCUACAGUUUAAUAUUGAACAUGCGUUUUUCACGAUAUUUUAUGUAUGUAAAUCGUAUUUUUGCAGAAAGCAAAUCGGAAUAUUUAUCUAAAUUUUAGAUAAAUUGUGAUGCGUUAAACUCUACUACACAUGAUAUGUGUAUAUGUGUAAAUUGUUUUCUUUUUUUCCAAUAUAACACUUCGCGAAAAAAGUAAUGUUCAACACUAGACAAAUUAUUAUAUGAUUUCGUGUCAAACGCUAAUGUCGAACUGUCGUGAUUUUUUUAAAAAUUGAAAUGUUUCUUUUUGUUUUAAUUGCACGUGGCACAGUUUAACGUACCUCGGUUUUCACAUGUUGUACCUAUGUAUGUAUAGAAACGCUGAGCGAAAAAGAUUUGUUUGGAAUUUUGAUGUAUAAAACAAGAGUAUGACAGUCAUUUGAUAAGAAAAACUGCAGUUGACACAGAACCAGAAGAUUAUUAUCUCGUAGUUGAUUUCAUUUGAUGUAAUCCAAAUUAAUUACUAAUUUUUGCAUGUUAUUCAAAAUUAAAUGAUUGUCAGAUGUAUGUCAUCGUUUCUCUUAGUUAGUAAUGCGUUAGCUUCAAAAAGCGCCAAUAUCUUACUAUAUUUCGGUGACGAUAUGACAAUAGUUCAUAUAAUUUUCAAUGUCAUUAUUUUGCUUCGUAUAUAACUAUUGAUCAGUGAGGGUAAUAACAUGUAUGUUUAAGAUUUAAAAUGGUAAAAUGUGUUCAACAGCUAAUACAAAUAAAAAUGGUUCUCUAUA